AUGGUGACAUUUGAAAUUAGCGAACAAGAAAGACUGCUGAUGGUGUUGGAUUGUAUUAGUGACCUUAAUGGAAUCUCUUGGUUGACAGCUCCAUCAAAUCCCACAUGCAAUGAUAUGGCAUUAGAUAAGACUGCACCGAACAAUGCGAACAGUAGUGAUCCAUCACCAUUGCAUUCAUACAACAUAAAACAAACAGAAGUUUGCAACGAACUUAUUACUACUGACAAGAGAGCUGAUGAGACGUCAAGUGGAAGACGUUCAGUGGAUCGUGCCCAUGCAGUCAUAAAAGAACGCGUAUUAAGGCUGUGCACUGUCGUUGACUCUAAGAACAGGACAGAGAAAGUGGUUUUACGAUCAAUUCGAAUUUACGCAUUUGAAGGAAUUUAUCAAUGUUUACAGGACUUUUACAAGUUCCGUGAAUGUGCAUGUGCGGGUGAUCUGUCAGCUGUCACUGUAAGAUGGAUCAAUCAUGUUACCGCUAGUAACGGCAAUAAGUGGACUCUUUGCGGUUCAGUGGGAUCUGCGCGUCCCACUCAGCAAUGUAUUUCUUCUUCUGAUCUAGAAUACUAUGAUCGACACUUUAUAACACACUCUCGGCAUUUAAUAGCCUAA